CCGGCGCGGUAUCUUGGGUAGUCAAAUAAGUACCUAAAAAUUAAAAUGACUAAAAUCAGUAAAAUAUGAAUAAGUAAUUUAAAUGGUAGAACAUUAGGGAACUAAGAACAAUGAGUAAAUAAUGAAAGCAUAAAUUAUAAAAAUAGUCAAUAUAAUGACAAAUCGAUACCUAAUAUCUUUUGAGCGUACCUGCUAUUAAUAAUGGACUACAUAAUAAUAAAGUUUAUUGAGUUUAUUCUCAAACUUAACGAUUAGCGAAUCGAUUGCAAGAGUUUUGAAUAUCUACCAACAAUGAACCAUUAGUUCAACCCCUAUUCGUCUUUGUUUACGUAUGAUUUGGUUCUGUUUAACUAAUACUUAUUAUAGGUAACAAUAAUCGUAAUAACUACACUUUUUUUUUAAAUAUUAUCGCGGUCAGUACGUACCUAUAGUUGAAUUUUAUGUAAAUCUUUUUAUACCGAUUUCACGUUAGUAAUAAAAUAACUUGUUAAAAUCUUUUAUUUGAGUUGAAAAUAACUGGCAUCCACGGACGACGGAUGUUAUACUCAAAGGAAAAACAAAUUUUCAUUAAAGGUACCGUAUCGGCGGUCACGAACAACAUUGCCGUGAACGUAUCAAAGUAUCAAAAGACGUUGCACGAUUUUGCCGUUAUUGACCGGCAAACAGUCCACAUAUUGGGUACAGACAACUCGGUGGAUGGCACAACCGAUGUUCCGCAAUAUUGUCUCGACACGAAGACGGACGUCACCCAAAUACUUUGGUGUACACUUGGUUAUAUAAAUUGUCUAGUAGUCACAUGUUCAGAAGGACUGAUCAUAUAUGACUGUGAUCAACAGUUUAAACGUAUUUACACACACAAUUGCGAGGACAAAAAUAUGAAGGAGAAAUACGCUAAAGGGAUAGCUACAUUUGAAUGUACUUAUCUAUGUGUUGGCAAUAGUAAUGGAUCAAUAAGAGUGUUUGGACCAGAUGAAGACGGACAAGUCGUAUUUUUGGAUAGGAAGCUGUUACAUGGGGCUCCUAUUGCGGACAUAUCGUCUUACAAAUAUAAUUUGGUGUCUUGUGAUGAGUCAGGAUGUACUGUACUCUCACAAAUUGAUUGUGGAGAAUUGAUGAUCAUUGCAAGAACUAAAGUGUUUGGAGGACAUCCAUGCACUACAUCAGAAAUAACUAGAAUUGGACUAAUGGCCAUAGGCUAUGGAUGUGGAACAAUUCGUUUAUUUGACCCAACAAUCAAACUCGUAGAAGAAGAUGCAGAAGAUCAGCUUCCAAUGAUAGUUCAGGUGUCUGCACAUGCUAGAUGUGUUACAUCCAUGUCAGCAGCUAAAGAUGCAGAUCUAUUAUUGAGCGUAUCCGAGGACUCGUGGAUUAGAGUAUGGAAAAUCAGUUCAAAAGUAAUAACCAACUCCCAGUAUGUUUUAAUUAUUAGCUACAUUUUAUCAUUGCAGACCAUUACAUUGUUAUAUUGCUACAUGAAAGAAGAUACUUUGUUUGUGGGAUGUCAAUUUAUAACUAGAAAUGGAUCAAAAUUUUGUACUACAGCAUAUGAUUCACCAUACAUAACAUGUUAUGCAUUAAACCAGUUGUAGGAUAUGUAAUUUUAUUUUAAAAAAAAAAAACAAAUAAAUUUAAAUGUGGUAAAAAAUUUGAAUUUAAAACAAGACAUU